GCCAACGUCGCGUCGAGCUAGCUUAAUCACGCCAUGGCCACCCAAUACCUGUGGAACCUCCUAGUCUCGGCUGCGGUGGUCGUCUCUCUCCGGCUACUUUUCCUCCUCUACAACGUCGUGGUGGCGCAGCCGCGGAGGCUGCGGUCCGCCUUGCGCCGCCAAGGCCUGUCCGGUCCGCCUCCGGCUUUUCUCCUCGGAAACAUACUAGAGAUGAAGAGGGCCAGAGACGCGGCCGCCAAAGCCGCCCCCCUCUCUGGCCCCCCGCCCGCCCACAACUGCGGCGCCGCGCUGCUCCCCUUCUUCGACGAGUGGAGGAAGCAAUAUGGAGAAGUAUUCGUUUUCUCUCUGGGCACUACGCAGAUCAUGCACGUGACCCAGCCGGAGAUGGUGAGGGAGAUCACGACAUGCACGUCGCUGGAUUUAGGGAAGCCGACGUAUCAGGCGAAGGAGCGAGGCGCGUUACUCGGGCAAGGAAUCCUUACCUCAAACGGACCCCAUUGGGUCCACCAGAGGAAGAUUCUUGCACCGGAACUCUACAUGGACAAAGUAAAGGGGAUGAUUAACUUGAUCCAAGAUUCGACUAUUUCGCUGUGUGAGUCGUGGAAGAGGCAAGUCGAGGAAGCUGGUGGAUUAGCAGAGAUCAAAAUUGAUGAAUACAUGAGGAGUUUCUCAGGAGAUGUGAUAUCAAGAGCUUGUUUUGGAAGCAAUUAUUCCAAAGGAGAAGAGAUUUUCCUGAAACUCAGAGCCCUGCAAGAAGUUUCCUCCAAGAAACUCUUCGUCUCUGGAACGGGCAUGAGGCACCUUCCGACGAAGAGCAACCGGGAGGCGUGGGCGUUGGAGAAGGAUAUCAAGACGUUAGUUUUGAACGUGGCGAAGGAAAGAGACGAGGCCGGGUUCGAGAAGGAUCUGCUGCAGAUGGUGCUUGAAGGAGCCAGGCAAAGUGAUCUGAGCCAGGAUGCAGUCGACCGGUUCGUGGUGGACAACUGCAAGAACAUAUACUUGGCCGGGUACGAGACCACCGCUGUGUCGGCCACAUGGUGCCUCAUGCUCUUGGCCUCCAACCCUGAGUGGCAGGACCUGGUCCGCCGCGAAGUUGUGGAUAUUUGCAAGGGCCAGGUCCCUGAUUACGAGGCCGCCAAGAAAAUGAAACUGCUGACUAUGGCAAUCAACGAGUCGCUGCGCCUCUACCCACCGGUGUCAGUGGUGUCGAGGGAGGCCCUUAAGGACAUGAAAUUUGGGAAUAUUAAUGUGCCAAAGGGCGUGAAUUUGUGGACAUUGGUGACGACUUUGCAUACAGAUCCAGAGAUAUGGGGAUCGGACUCGUAUGAGUUCAAUCCCCAGAGAUUUGCUAAUGGGAUAACGGGCGCCUGCAAGUAUCCGUACUUGUACAUGCCCUUUGGAGUUGGACCCCGUCUCUGCUUAGGCCAAAACCUGGCUUUGGUCGAACUUAAGAUCUUGAUUUCCUUCAUUUUGUCCAAAUAUUCCAUUUCCUUGUCGCCUAAAUACGUCCAUUCGCCCCUCCUAAAUUUGGUUAUUGAGCCCAAAUUUGGAGUUCAUCUUUUAGUUAAACCCUUGUAAUUUUCAUUACAUUAUUUCACCAUUGUGAUGUCUUUUUUUUCCUUACAAUUUGUUUAUCAUGGACCAAUUAAA